CCUCGUCCAUAUGGCCAGUUGGUAUGCAAUAUAGUGCUUUCAGGAUACAUGCCCGACCAUUUGGACUUUAUGGCAUAUUUUUCGAGAUAUACAGCCAAAUCCAUGAACAUGUCGGUGUCAGAAACCAUACAUAUGAAGACCUAUACCCAGCGAUGGUUUACAAACAAAGGGCCAUUUGUGCAUGCCAAGACCAAAGAGAUCUUUGAACGAAAGCAGUACUACCGCAUGGUGCAAGUGUUUGAUGCUCACCCCGAAUCAGUCAAGGAGUGGGUGCAAUAUGUGAACAAGUCAUUGCCAGCAGGAAUUGAUUUGAAA